AUGGCUGGAUCUGAUUACGAUUACAUUAAAGAUCUAUUACAAUAUCUGGUGGAAUGUCCUGAAAAAUUCAACUUCAAAAGCAGCCCUGCUGCCGCCACUGAUUUAAGGCGAGCUUUGUUCAGGGCAGCAUCUGUCAAUGGUAAAUAUAUUGGCAUGUUUUUUCCAGAAUUAAGUACAGAUUCACAGAGCAUAGUUGACGGCAAUGACGAUAUUAGUGAUGAGAUGAGUCGAGCUGAUGAUGAUGGAAUGGGAAAAUGGGAGCGAGACCGCAAGCGGCGUAAGAGCCCCGAACGAAAUUGGAUCAUGAGCGACUCGUCUCGAGAUCCAGCUAAUGUGGAUCCUUCACAUCCCGGUAGACCAUGUGGAAGGAAAUUUCGGAAGGGUGAACCAACAUACAGAUGUUUGUAA